AUGCAGUCACUGCAUAGCCGCAAGACCCAGGAGCCGGCCCUUUCGUGGACGCCAGAAAGCCUGCUGGAGAUGGCCCCGGCGGAUGCGCUGGUGAAGGUGGCGCCCUUGAUGGCCCAUGGACGGGACAAGUGGGUGGAGAGUGCAGACCUAUGGCCAGAUGCCAAAGAAGCCGAGCCAUUGCCAGGAGUGGUGCGCACUGAUGUCGUGUUGGCGGUUGCGGCAUCUCGCAUCGAGGUGCCCAUGGCCGAUUUCGUUGCUUCGCUACAGGGUCGACCGGGGUUGCCUGCCUGCUAUGCGGAUGGUGCGGGCAACAUGCAGCAUUCCUUCUCUUUUCUGCAGUCUCAGCUGAGUGGCUUCCCCUCUCUCGGUGAGUCACUCAUCUUCAACCGCACCGACAUGUGGCUUGGUGGCCAGACGGUCUCGACAUUGCAUUUCGACAACUAUGAGAAUCUGUUCGUGCAGCUGGUGGGGGAGAAGGAGUUUCUCCUGUGCCCGCCCGGCGAUACGGAUCACCUGGUUGAUGGCCGGCUCAGGAAGGCCUACGCCACGUGGGAGAAGAGCGGAGGUGGAGAGGGUGCCAGCAGCACUAGCGGCACCUUCAGCCGGACCUCUGGUGGGCUGUCAACCGAAGCUGUCAUGAACUAUGCGGCUUAUGACCUCGACGACCCUCCUGCUGAGUACGCGGACGAUGCUGCCAAGCUGAGACGGACGGUUGUGACGGUGCGUGCGGGGGAGGUUCUCUAUCUGCCCUUCGCAUGGUGGCACCAGGUGCGAGCGACCCCUGGCCCCAGUGGCCUCUGCGCCUCAGCUGCCGCAUUCUUUGCGCCUUUCUUCGUGCGCCUGCAGCCCCGCUCGCUCAGCACCACUGGCCCGAUGCUGCGUGAUCGCUAUGCCCGGUGA